UUCACAGCUGAGAAAUCUGUGUCAGAUACACAAGCUCGCUUCUACCGUGGAUUUGUUGCCAUUGGCAGUCAAUCAGUCACCGCCUCGUUUAUCCUUCUCUCCUGGCUUUUCCCCAAAAUCAGUGUACCAUGUCUGCAAUCGCAAUAUCCCAUGCGAUUUCAAGCCCAAACUCUUUGUGUGUUAGAAAAUUGAUGACAAGAACAAGACCCGGAAACGGUAUCCUGUUCAGCUCCAUAGCCAGCAUAGCCACUUGGAGAAGCUACCAUUCUUUGAGACCGCAGUCUCGCUUCUUCAGAAUCCCAAAUGGGUCCUCCAAGCGAAGCUCGGUUUUCACUGGCUCCAAGCCCCUUUCUCCUGUCAUGGAAUGGCAGGAUUGCACGGUUAAGAUGGAACUUGAUGUGCCUAUUUCAGUUGCCUAUAACUGUUACUCUGACCGUGAAGCCAUUCCCCGUUGGAUGCCAUUCAUUUCAUCUGUAAAGAUAUUGGAAGACAAGCCAGACCUAUCUCGAUGGUCACUGAAGUAUGAAGCAUUUGAUCGUGAUUUUGAAUUCACUUGGCUUGCCCGAAAUAUGCAGCCUAUCCCAAAUCAGAAAAUCCAUUGGAGAUCUCUGGAAGGUCUUCCUAACAGAGGUGCUGUUCGAUUUUAUCCAAAAGGGCCUUCAUCAUGCAUUGUAGAACUGACAGUGUCAUAUGAAGUUCCUCAAAUUUUAGUUCCAGUGGCGUCGGCACUGCGACCUUUACUUAAACGCUUACUACGAAGUGGUUUGGAACGAUUUGCAACGUUUGUGAAAAGCUACCAAGCAGACUUUAACUAGCUGAUAGUACAAAUGGCAGGAAACAAAAAAGAAUGAGUAUGAGAAUUUGUGGGGACUGCUUUGAAUGGGAAAACAUUUUCAUGGAAUAUGACAUUCCUUGAAAUGAAAAUUUUAUUGCUAUUGAGAUCCAUGACUUUGUAGCCUUUGAUAUCAGAUGGAUAUCCAAGGAAGACACACUUUGUAGCUCUUGGAUCGAAUUUGUGUCUGUGAUGUUGCAAUGUAGAUGCAAAACAAAGGCAGCCAAAAACCUUUAAAUGAGAAAAUUUUGGUAUUUUGUUAAACAACA